AUGAGAUUAUUAAAUCCUGAUGAGCGAGAACACUCUAUUAGUGAAAUAAUUGAUUACUCGAUUGGAGUGCUCUACUUUUUUGGAAAGAUAUACUCUGUCAACGGAAAACAUUUACUAAGAUUAUUUUAAAUGUUUAUGAAUUAUUUAGAUGUAAUUAUUAUUUUCAUUAGAGAAUAGGAUAAUGAAAAUGAAGAAUAAUACAAAGCAAUCUCGUACACUCUCUAUAAAUAUCCAACUUAUUCUCAUGGAGUAUUGGAUGCUUGGAUUAUUAUAAGAAAUACUUUCUUUUAUAUCUUAUCAUUAUUUGUUCUCUUUAUUGUAACUUACUUGAUUUUUUGAAUAUUGGAACAGUCAUAUUUUUAUUAGUAGUCUAUUUUGCAAACAUCAUUUUUAUUUUUAAUAGCGAAAAAAUAAAGUCUAAAA